AUGAAAAAUGCCGUCAAAACAUCUUUGCAGAACCAAUCAGCCACGGGUUCCAUUGCUAACUUCUACGCAGUCCAGCUCCAACUUCUUUGCCGAGAGCAUAAGCAUGCCACCUCAGCGUCUGCUCUUCUUCGAUCAAUCCAUGCCAACAUGAUCACCUCCGGAUUCAGCCCGCGUAGCCACAUCCUUAAUAGCUUAAUCAAUAUCUAUUGCAAAAAUUCCGGUCUUGUUUAUGCAAAGCACCUGUUUGAUAGAAUUCCCCAACCAGAUGUAGUGGCCAGAACAACUAUGAUUGCUGCAUACUCUGCUUCCGGAGAACCCAAGCUUGCAAGAGAGGUUUUUGACAAAACCCCAUUAAGUAUCCGUGACACUGUUUGUUACAACGCUAUGAUUACAGGCUAUUCACACAACAACGAUGGCCAUGCUGCUAUAAAAUUAUUUCUUGAUAUGAGGUGGAAAAAUUUUCUACCCGAUGAGUAUACCUACACCUCCGUACUUGCAGCCUUAGCCCUUAUAGCUGAUCAUGAAAUGCACUGCCGGCAGCUGCAUUGUGCUGUUGCAAAGUCAGGCAUGGCCAACUUUAAGUGUGUUGUCAAUGCACUUAUAUCUGUUUAUGUCAGAUGUGCUUCGUCACCCCUAGCAUCAUCCUUGCUGUUGAUGGACUCAGCUAGCAAGUUGUUUUAUGAGAUGCCAGAACGGGAUGACUUGUCUUGGACUACGAUUAUCACAGGGUAUGUGAAGAAUGAUGAUCUUGAUGCUGCUCGGAAGGUGUUUGAUGGUAUGGAUGAGAAGUUGCUUGUGGCAUGGAAUGCCAUGAUCUCCGGAUAUGUGCAUAAAGGUUUCAUCUUUGAAGCAUUAGAUAUGUUAAGGAAAAUGUAUUUAGCAGGGAUGAAGCCAGAUGAGUUUACCUGCACCAGUAUCCUCAGUGCUUGUGCCGAUGCUGGACUGUUUCUUCUAGGAAAGCAGGUGCAUGCUUAUGUUAGACGAACAGAAGAGAAAAUUCAUGUGUCUGUAUAUAAUGCUUUAAUAACAUUAUAUUGGAAAUGUGGUAGAGUUGAUGAUGCAAGAAAAGUUUUUGAUAAUCUAGUUUUUAAGGACCUUGUUUCAUGGAAUGCAGUUCUAUCAGCAUAUGUGAGUGCAGGGCGGAUUAAUGAAGCUAAGUUAUUUUUUGAUGAGAUGCCAGAGAAGAAUUCCCUGGCAUGGACAGUAAUGAUAUCAGGAUUAGCACAAAAUGGACUUGGAGAAGAUGGUCUCAAACUGUUCAACCAAAUGAGAGUAAAGGGGAUCGAGCUGUGUGACUAUGCAUUUGCUGGAGCUAUUACAUCUUGUGCAGUGCUUGGAGCGCUAGAAACAGGAUGCCAACUCCAUGCUCAACUAAUCCAGCGUGGUUAUGAUUCAAGCCUUUCAGCUGGAAAUGCAUUAGUCACAUUUUAUGGAAGAUCUGGGGUCAUUGAAGCUGCACGUAAUGUGUUCCUCACUAUGCCUUGUGUAGAUUUGGUGUCUUGGAAUGCAUUGGUUGCUGCCUUGGGACAGCAUGGAUAUGGUGUUCAAGCGGUUGAACUUUUUGAACAGAUGUUAGAUGAAAAUAUAAUGCCUGAUAGGAUAAGCUUUCUCACGGUUAUAUCUGCUUGUAGUCAUGCCGGAUUGGUUGAAAAGGGACGACACUACUUUAAUAUAAUGCACAGUGUUUAUAAAAUAAGCCCUGGAGAAGAUCACUAUGCCCGUUUAAUUGAUUUGUUGUCUCGAGCUGGAAGGUUAUUAGAAGCAAAAGAAGUGAUCCAGAAUAUGCCUUAUAAACCUGGAGCACCCAUUUGGGAAGCUCUUCUUGCUGGUUGCCGAACUCAUAGGAACGUGGAUUUGGGGGUUGAAGCAGCAGAACAACUCUUUGAGUUGACGCCACAACAUGAUGGAACCUACAUACUUCUAGCUAACACAUUUGCUGCUGCAGGCCGAUGGGAUGACGCUGCUAAGGUGAGAAAACUGAUGAGAGACCAAGGGGUGAAAAAAGAGCCUGGAUGUAGUUGGAUAAAGGUUGAGAAUACCGUUCAUGUCUUUUUGGUGGGUGAUACUGCACAUCCUGAAAUUCAAGUAGUGUACAACUACCUGGAGGAAUUAAGGCUGAAGAUGAGGAAAAUGGGAUAUGUUCCAGACACGCAAUAUGUGUUGCAUGAUAUGGAGACUGAGCAAAAGGAGUAUGCUCUUUCAACUCAUAGUGAAAAGCUGGCGGUUGUAUUUGGGCUCUUGAAGCUUCCUCGUGGAGCCACAAUUAGGGUCUUCAAGAACCUUCGGAUUUGUGGUGACUGCCACAAUGCCUUCAAGUUCAUGUCGAAGGUUGAGGCAAGAGAAAUCAUCGUCAGAGAUGGAAAUAGGUUUCAUCAUUUCAGGGAUGGUGAAUGCUCAUGUGGGAAUUACUGGUGAGAUACCGGAUAAGAUUAGAGUCACCUAUUGAGUGUCUUUGGUUCUGGAGGUUUGAAUAUGUCAUUCUGGAACCGGUUGUAUUGCCAGGGAAAAGUUGCAGCACCUUUGGACAGUAAAUGUAAGACUUCAAAGCUAGAAGCAGGAAUGUGCUGCUAUCUUGUUUGGCUGUGGCAUUUUGAAUACAGAUCUUCACGGUGAAUGUUUCUGGUUUGUGGUUUCCGGGUUGGUGAAUGCUCAUUGGUACCUUAUUGAUACUUAAAUCAAGAUGCAUAUGCCUUAUAGUUAUACACAACUGAGUAAUUAUCAAGGAAAAUAAAUUACCGCUCCAGAAUGCUCCCACUUUGUGAAUAUUUGCCUUGAUUAAAAACUUUGAGUGCCAAAGGGUGGAGAGACUCUCUGCUUGUUUAGUGGUAGAAGAAUGAUGCAGUUGCAAUUUCUAGAAUCCUCAAGCACAAAGGGGUACAGCUUACAGUCCAUGCAAAGAAGACAUCUUCAUGUCCUCCACUGAUUCCAUCUGACAACAUCUACCAAAUUUAAUUGACUAUCUUUCACGACCAUUGCUUUAAAUAAGCAUAGGGCUGAAGGCAGACUUGGUUUGCUGCAAUUGUCCUUGCGCUGGCUCAUCUGUCUCUUUAGCAAGUGAACUGCUUUUUCACGUGCCCUAAUUGGACUUGUUGAACUCAAGAGUUGCUCUCUACUUGUGACUGUUCUGAUCAGCUGUAUGCUUUGUUCAGGAUGCUCUGUGCACCAGAUAUACUUGUAUUUGAAGGAGUUUCCCCCUAUUAUCUGGUGCAGAGUAGCUGAUCUUCUUGCUUAACUCAACUAGACCAGCCACUCUUUAAUCGGAGUUGUUUGAAAUGGCUUUAUCUAGGCUUGAUCCCAGCCACUGAAAAUUAUUGUUUGUGGGAUCACUGAAGUUUUCAUGAACAACAAUUGAUCUUAGCUAACUCUGAAAUCAGUCUCGCAUUCAAUUCACUCUUGAGAAGAACCAAAGGAUUUGACAGAGGUUGUAGAUACUAGAAGUUAAAUCACUAUAGUAUAGAUUCACUUAUCAUAAUUUUUCUUAUCUGUUAGGGUUAGACACAGAAGUUUGUUUACUUAAUCGUUGUACUUUACUCAUCUCUCCUGGAAUCUUACAUUUGAAUGCAAGCACAUGUUGUAAUUCUACAAUUUUGUUUUAU